AUGGAUUUUUAUAUCAGCAGCCUGGCGGCACGGAUUCCGUGCACAAGGCUACACCGACAAGUGCAGGAUCCAAGAGGACGAUCUAUAGCGGCAUUUGCAGUAAGCAGCGAUGGAAAACUUGCAGCCAUGGCAACCUAUCCACGCCCCCACCGAUCGGUGGAACGUUCACUAAAUGUACUAUUCAAAGAUGGAAAGGCAUUAAGGACGUCAAACUAUCACAAAGCAGUACAACGACAACGCAGAUUAACAGAACAACACAAUGAAUUGGAAUACAAUGUGGAACAAUACAUGAGGCAUACACUACAAAUUGAUUCGCUAGGAGGACUAGUAGAAGAAGUCGCAAUGAGCACACCAAGCCUCAGCGAAAUCAUAAAACAUAAUAAUCCGGAACCACCUCCACCACCUAGACCUAUAGUACCAUGUGCUGUAGUUUUAUUCGACACGAUGUACUUCAAUCCAGUGGAGGAGUUCAUCUAUGGAUACAAAAUUAACGAUGCUAUUUAUCUCAAUUCAUCGUCAACGAACCCAGCUAUGGCAGGAAUUACAGGCGCAGCCUCAACAUUGCCUAUGAAUAUUGGCAAUGUUAUUUCUAAUAAGUGCCUAUUCAGGCCAACGAGGAUGAGCUUUGCUUAUGGAGACACGCUGUUGGUACUAUCCUCCGUGGAAGACGGUGUCAAGAUAUUCUCCAUGGACACAGAAUAUAUAGAACUAUUGUGUCACUUUAGACCACAUCUUAGACAUGAUGUACAUCUGGACAAAUUAGUCGUACUAGGAUCACGCGUAGUUUUGGCCGAUGUACCGGAUAGGCGUACAGAACUGCCGUUGAUAUUCACAAGUAACACGGUAACGUGCCCUUCAUGUAAACACGCCGUAUUGAAGGAUGUAGAAUCAUGCCUAAACGAAGCGCUGCCAUACACAAUCGUAAUCGAUUGUAUACUGUGCCUAUCGGCACAACCGCCCAUGCGAAUGGUGCUACAUUCACAUUGGCCAAGCGGCGAAGUAUAUAUAUCCUCAGUACACCAAUUGUACCCGUACAUGGAACAAAUUACACCUCAUGUACACUACUUGGUCAAUACUUUCCAAGCACGUAUCACAGAUAACGCGGAGUUCGCACUGUUGGAACGCAUUCAGACAUACUGGGCACUGGAACCAUAUAUGCAUGAUAAAAUGAAAUAUCUAUUCCAAUCGGAUACACCAGUGGAAUGCGAUUACUCCAAAACGCUACUCAACACCAAAGUUAAUGAAAAGGAUUAUCUGGACCAGUGUACGCUCAUCGCAAUGUACACGCCAGACUUCCAUCUAUAUAUUAUGGAUACGAGCUAUGCGAUAUUGGGGCAGGCCACGAUAACGGAAUCCGAUGAAGGACACUACAAAAUUGAUGUAAACAGAAGUGGCAGUAUCGUCGCACUCAUAGGGUCAGCCUCUGUCACACUAUACCGAUUACGUCUUUCAAGAAGCCCAGAAGGUGCACUAGCAGCAACACUGGAGUUGCAUAUGCAAUUCCCAUCGGUUAUCGGAGUAGGACGCCGCGAGGAAGUUCUGUCAGCUUGCCUCGGUCGUGAUAUAGGCAGCCGUUGGUUAUAUGUAUCUGUAGCUAGAGGUUCAGUUGAUGCAGUUUUGUAUGUAGUGGAUAUUGUGCCAAUCAAGGGAAGAGAUCCAGUUAAACGCAUAUUGAAUAUGAACUCGGUGGUGUUCCCCUGUGUAACGGACAUGGUGGCACUGGAAAACAGUCUACUGGUCAUGCCACGCCACCAGAGGUACCUCGUACAACUCACACAGGAACACCUAGACAACACAGACGACUCUUACUCAAGACAGUUCUGCCAUUUCCCAGUACUGGCUACUAACAAAGAGGCUCUUAUGCUCAACGGACCGGUGAAGAAACGGCAGGAUCAAGGUGACAAAAACUUUGACCUCCUGGUUUUCGAAAGAGAACGUGAAAUUGGUAUUGCCAAUAAAACCAAUUGUCGUUUAAAUGUAUCGCGAUGGUUGGAUGCUUUGUAUCAGUAUAACGCUUUGUGUAUGUACAAGGGACGCAACGUUAUGGUAGGGAUAGAUCCACAUGACUACCUGCUUCCGCCAUUGAGGCGGGUAAGACCACAGUUCCCAUUCGCAUAUGACACGAAGAAGUUUUAUGAUGCGCUCAUAGGAAUAGAAUUCACCGGCAGCCCGGCACUAAUGCGGGCGCAAUGUUACGAAUGGGUACGAGACGCAGUGAUGCGCACAGGCUUUGUCAAUCCAAUGUAUCCAUUGGAAAUAAUAUAUAAUGAUAAGCUGCAAAUGCUGGACUACGUAUGCGCGAAAAUAUGUAUCUCACAAUGGGAUAAUCCAUCGGAGAUCAUUUUCUCCUUGCGCACGAACGACUUCCUGCAUCUACAGCUCUGUAACUUUUUAAGGAUUUCCCAAAGAUUGGAACUGCCGUGUGAUGCGCAAGGAAUGAUACCGUGCGAAAAGACUAUGAUGUAUAAAAAGGUUAGCGAAGUGAUGCCACAAAUGAUGGGAGAGGGAGUUCAGAUGCCAAUACGUCAGAGUCGCGCCUCGCUAGAACGUGAGGCGUUUGAGCUGAUGCGACAGCAGUUGGUGCCGGAACUUCUGAGGAUUCCUGCUAACAAGCUAAAGAAGAUUAUACGUGACCGUUUGUAUCGAUUGAGAAAGAAGAUCACUAUGCUGGAACGAUACAAACAAGAUCACAAUCUGGUCGAUGUUAAACCCGAAUUCACACUGGACGAGAUUACGAGAAACGAUUGCAGACUUCCGACGUUCCGCGAUUCAGUGGAACCUCACGAAGUACUACUUAGCGAAUUUGCGAUGCGUGUGCGUAUGAAGGUCCUGACAACAUUUUAUAAGGCCCAUAAAGAAGGCGGCCCCGACUUAGAGGAAUUCGACUCGCCGUAA